AUGGCUUUUGGCAUGCUGUAUCAGGGAAUCAGCAACUCCAGAUCAGAGGUUAUGGAGGAGAAAAAUGUGUCCAGUAUUGCCAUGAUCCACCUAUUAGGACUUCAGAUUCCACAUAAUGUAACAUUUUGGAUCUUUUUUCUUUUUCUUUUGAUUUAUUGUGUGACAAUAUGUGGAAACCUUCUGAUCAUCACGCUGGUGUUCUACAGCAAAUCCCUUCAUUCCCCCAUGUACUUCUUCCUCUCCCAGCUCUCUGCAUUGGAUAUCUUACUGGCAACGAACAUUCUUCCUAACACGAUCCAUGCUGUUUUAAUGAAGGGGACCAUAAUAUCAUUUUCUGAUUGUAUCGCCCAGUUUUAUUUCUUUUGUGUUUCCGAAGCCUCAGAGUGUCUUCUCCUGACAGUGAUGUGUUAUGAUCGAUAUGUGGCCAUCUGUAAACCAUUGCAAUAUACUUUAGUAAUGAAUGUCCAGCUCUGCUGGGUGAUGAUUAUUACAUGUUGGGUUUUAAGUGUAUUAAUAGUAUUGGUUCCCACUAUAACAAUAUCAAAAUUACAGUUCUGUGGUCCCUAUAUAGUUGAUCACUUUUUUUGUGAUCUUGAUCCAAUCCUACAACUCUCCUGCUCUGAUCCCGUCGUUGUUAAAUUUGAAGUGACAUUGAUCAUUUUUGGUUCUGUUGUCAUCCCAUUCUUUAUCAUCAUUGUAUCAUAUGUUUAUAUAAUUUUCAUCAUUUUUAAAAUCCCAUCUAUUACUGGCAGGAAGAAAGUUUUCUCAACAUGCAGCUCCCACCUGACUGUGGUUUGUAUUUAUUAUGGUACCAUAGUUUGCGUAUAUUUGGUACCCCGUAGAGGACAGUCAUGGGACAUCACUAAAUUCUUGUCAUUGUUUUACACUGUGGUCACCCCACUGAUGAAUCCAAUUAUAUACAGCCUGAGGAAUAAAGACUUAAAAAAAGCUGUAGCUAAAAUCAUCAACCACUGUCUGCACUUGCAUUUUAGAAAAUGA